AUGGCUAAGCGAAUCCGUCUCGGUAUCCUGACACCUUCCUCCAACACUAGUCUCGAACCGUUAUCCCAAGCAAUCGUCUCUAAGCUCCCUAAUGUGUCCGUCCAUUUCUCUCGCUUCACGGUCCUCAAAAUCAGUCUAGAGGAGGAUGCCCUGGCCCAAUUCCAGACAGAAAAGAUCGUCGAAGCUGCUCGACUGCUAGCCGACGCCAAUGUCGACAUUAUCGGUUGGAGUGGCACCUCCUCAGGCUGGCUCGGUUUCCAAGCCGAUGAGGAGCUUUGCGCAGCUAUUACUGCCGCAACAGGGAUCCCCACUGCUACCUCUGUAUUAGCCUUGAAUAGAGCCGUUAAGGCUCUUUCGGUGACGGAGCUAGGCCUAGUGACCCCAUACCUGGACAACGUCCAGGCUGCGAUUGUGAAAACCUAUGCAACGAUCGGUGUGGAUUGCGGCAAGGAACGGCAUCUCGGACUAUCGAAAAAUUCCUCGUUCGCAGAAGUUGAUGAGCCGACCCUCGAUGAGAUGGUGGCGGAUGUGGCGGGGAAGGAAGUCCAGGCUAUUUCGACUUUCUGUACAAACCUUCGGGCGGCGCAGAGAGUGGAUUACUGGGAGCGCAAGCACGGGGUGAUCGUGUUGGAUACCGUGGCGACAGUCAUCUGGGAUAUGUUGUUACAAUGCCAGGUGGACCCGUCUUGUGUGGAGGGAUGGGGCCGUUUGUUCCAGCUGAAUGUACUGAAGGCAUGA